GAGACAUUAGGCGCUUGAAUUGGUCUGCUCCUUCCUUUUCCACCCCGCAUCAGAGACAGCACCCAGCUGGGCCUUAUAUAAGUGGGUUUUGAGCAGCACUAGUCUCAAGAUCCUUGCUCUUCCCUGUAAGCCCCAGUUAAAGCUUCGGUCCAGCUGUCCUGGCCAAGGGCACUUGGACUAAAGACUGGGACUGUUUACAGCUUUAUCCAACUAGUGUGCUCCUGGCAAGAUUGCUGGCUGCCAUGAAGCCCUGCCUCAUCUUAACUCUCCUGAGCAUAGCUGGAGUUGUUCUGGCCAGAGACUCUAAAGAUGAUGACUUGAACUUACCAGAAGAUUUUACUAUUCCUUACAUGGUCUAUCUGCAGUCCAGCUCAGAACCCUGUGUGGGAUCUCUCAUUCACCCUGAAUGGGUACUGACGGCUGCCCACUGCCCCUUACCGGUUAAAAUCCGACUGGGAGUUUAUCAACCCAGCAUCAGAAAUAAGAAAGAGCAGAUAAGGAAUUACUCACUGAUUAUCCCCGCCCCUGAGUUCAAGGCACAGUCACUGGAGAAUGACCUGAUGCUGAUAAAACUCUCCAAGGCUGCUGUACUCAACUCCCAUGUGGGGACCAUAGCCAUAUCUAUGGAGCCCUUGACAUUUAAUGAUUCCUGCUUUAUCCCAACCUGGACUUGGAAUGAAUACAAAAACCUUAGUGACCCUGACAUCCUGACUUGGAUAAACCAACCUUCUCAUCCCUUUGAUGACUGCAGGAAUAUGGCAGGACAGAGAAUGGCAGUGCACAUCAUGUGUGUGGGACAACCUUUAAACAUCAUAUCUAAAGCUAAGGAAGUCUCAGCUGCUCCAGCCAUCUGCAAUGGGAGGCUGCAUGGAAUCUUGUCCUGGGACAAAGGAAGUGUCACCCUGGGAAGUGAAGGGUUCUUCACAGAAGUUCAUCACUAUGCAAGAUGGAUCAUGAAAACUAUUAAUACCCACUGAGGCACUCCAUUCCUCUGUCCCCCAGGGCAACAUCUUCAUGAUUUCUAUACUGAAUUCACAACUCUCUUGAUCUUUCUUUUCUUGGACAUAAUCCAAAUAGAAAACAUUCAGUAAAAAAAAUGACAUGAAGAACUCA